AUGGCUGAUCCAGAUGCGUCAGAGAUCCUGGAAGUCAGGCGGGCUCUGGCCGAGGAGCGGGCGCUGCGCGAGGCUCUCGAGGCAGACCUACAAAGAUCGGCGCAGAUUGGUCAAGAGCUUCUUCUCAAGAACGAGGAGUUGGAGCAGGUAGUGAAAGAGCAUGCAGAGAAGACUGCGCAUGUGGCCAGGAGGGCAUCUGUGGAGCCUGUCCGGCGAGCCUGCACGGUUCCACUUGGGCCAAAGGAGGCCACAGCAGAGGAGGAGGAGAGCGACAGCGAGCUGCCAACGCCUCAGCUUCUGCGGCGCGGGAGACGGGCUGGUAAGACAGUAAUGGUGGAGGAGCUGAUGUCGGCCAACCUAAGUCUCCACGACGACCUCAUGCGCUUAAAAGACGAGCAACGGCAAGCUGGCUUGAACGAUGACGUAGAGGCACGCGAGGAAGGCAUCCAAAACGUCGACGAGGAGGAAGGCAACCUUGUGAACGAGCUGCAGCACCGUGUCUCUGUUUUGGAGUCAGGGAGGAAGCAGUUGCAGAAAGAGCUCGGUGCCAGCCAGGAGAAGGCUGCACGAGCACACCAGCUUGAAGAGGAGCUCGAGGCCACCAGGAGUUCACUCCACCUGGCCCAGAGUCAGCUCACGGUGCUGGAGGAGGCCAAUCGUGCGCUGCGAACCUCGCAACAGGCCCUCGACACCGAGCGAGCAAAGCUGGCAAGCCUGCUGGAGGCAGCCGAUGCCCGCUGUGUCCAUCUGGAGCAGGAGUUGGAACAGACAACUCUGGCAAGGGCACGGGGCAGCAGAAAAUCCACUGGCUCGAUCUUGCCGAUGGACGACGAGGUUGUCCGUGGAGAGGCGGACAGCCCUUCCCUCGCCGUUGAACUGGAGCAGGAUGGGCAUGAGAGCUGGGAAGAGGCACUUCGCGUGGAUUGUGUCAAAGUUGCCUCCAAGCUCCGCACGGAGGUCGGCGAUCUCAGCCGAGCUACCGCGAGCUGCAAAGCCUGGCUCGUGGCGGCGAGGAGGCUGUGUGACGAGAAGAUUCAGGCCCCUGCGCUGUCCGGUGAGCGGUCGGAUGAUGAAGCGUCGACGUAG